AUGUCUGAUACACCUGGUGCAGACAACCGCAGCCAGGAAUGUAACGCCUCCGGUGAAGAAAGGAGUGUAGCAGGUGUACAAGGCGACUUGAAGGUAGUAUAUAAAGAUGGGGCAUGGGUGGAAGUGGCAGAUAGAUGGGGCGACGCCAGAGCAGAGGCACUGGUCGAGGAAGAGGAGAAAUGGGUUUCCUUUCAGAAGGCUAAAGAGGGAGAGGAGAGAAAUAACCAAGUCCAAGGAAGAGGGUUAAAGCGUCGUGAUGGCAAAGUAGACCGAAUAGGCGAUGGGGAGAGUGACGCAGGAGACAGAAGAACAAAUAUCGGGGGUCACUUAAGCAUAAACAUCAAGCAACAGGGAGGUACAAGUGACGGAAGAGAUGGGGGGAUGAGUGACGGGCGAGACGAAGGAACGAGUGACGGACAAAUCAACGGUAAAGGAAAUACACGAAGAAAAACCAUUGUGCGAAGGAAAGGGAAGAGCACUGUAAGAGAGUGGAGACAGAGUGAUGGGAGUGGCGACAGUCAAAGUGAAGGUAACAAUCAAGGCCGGAGCCAUACAAGGAACAAAGGAAGGAGCAGGGGAAAGACAGGCGAAGGACGGAGUGUCGGUAAAAGAGAAUUGGGAGACGGAAGGGAUGACGAUCGAGGAAGAGAACGAAAAGGAGACGGAAACAAGGGAAGGGACGACGAAGGAAAAACAGGAGCAGGUGAGAUUCGCAAAAAGGCAGGAGAGACUCAAGGACGAGCAAGAGAGAGUCAAGGACGAUCAGAAGAGAGUCGAGGACGGGGCAAUGGUCAAGACGCUGAUAGCAGCACUGGAAAUAUUGAUGGAAGAACUGAGCAACGUAAUAGACUAGAUAGAAGGCUGAGUGAGGGGCAAGCCGAAGAACGAAAUGAACAACUUGAUGAGGCAGCUGGUAGACUAGGAAGAAGGCUGAGUGAGGGACAAAUUGAAGGACGAAUUUUCGACCAAGUUGGUACAGGAAAUAUUAGGUACACGAGACGACUAAUCGAUGACCAGGCUCAACCACGCGUUAGUGGACGAGAACAUGAACAUAUAGGCGAAGAAAUCAAUGGUCAAACAGGAGAUCGAAGCAAUGGUCAAACGGGAGAUCGAAUCAAUGGUCAAACGGGAGAUCGAUGCAAUGGUCAAACAGGAGAUCGAAUCAAUGGUCAAACAGGAGAUCGAAUCAAUGGUCAAACAGGAGAUCGAAUCAAUGGUCAAACGGGAGAUCGAAGCAAUGGUCAAACAGGAGAUCGAAUCAAUGGACAAACGGGAGAUCGAAGCAAUGGACAAACAGGAGAUCGAAUCAAUGGUCAAACAGGAGAUCGAAUCAAUGGUCAAACGGGAGAUCGAAUCAAUGGUCAAACGGGAGAUCGAAGCAAUGUUCAAACAGGAGAUCGAAUCAUUGGUCAAACGGGAGAUCGAAGCAAUGGACAAACAGGAGAUCGAAUCAAUGGUCAAACAGGAGAUCGAAUCAAUGGUCAAACGGGAGAUCGAAGCAAUGGUCAAACAGGAGAUCGAAGCAAUGGACAAACAGGAGAUCGAAUCAAUGGUCAAACAGGAGAUCGAAUCAAUGGUCAAACGGGAGAUCGAAGCAAUGGUCAAACAGGAGAUCGAAUCAAUGCUCAAACGGGAGAUCGAAGCAAUGGUCAAACAGGAGAUCGAAGCAAUGGACAAACAGGAGAUCGAAUCAAUGGUCAAACAGGAGAUCGAGUCAAUGGUCAAACAGGAGAUCGAAUCAAUGGUCAAACGGGAGAUCGAAGCAAUGGUCGAACAGGUGAUCGAAGCAAUGGUCAAACAGGAGAUCGAAGCAAUGGUCAAACAGGAGAUCGAAGCAAUGGACAAACAGGAGAUCGAAUCAAUGGUCAAACGGGAGAUCGAAUCAAUGGUCAAACGGGAGAUCGAAACAAUGGUCAAACAGGAGAUCGAAUCAUUGGUCAAACGGGAGAUCGAAGCAAUGGACAAACAGGAGAUCGAAUCAAUGGUCAAACAGGAGAUCGAAUCAAUGGUCAAACGGGAGAUCGAAGCAAUGGUCAAACUGGAGAUCGAAGCAAUGGUCAAACAGGAGAUCGAAGCAAUUGUCAAACAGGAGAUCGAAGCAAUGGUCAAACGGGAGAUCGAAGCAAUGGUCAAACAGAAGAUCGAGUCAAUGGUCAAACGGGAGAUCGAAUCAAUGGUCAAACGGGAGAUCGAAACAAUGUUCAAACAAGAGAUCAGAGCAAUGGUCGAACAGGAGAUCAUCAAAGCAAUGUUCGAACAGGAGAUCAUCAAAGCAAUGUUCGAACAGGAGGAGAUCGAAAUAAUGGUCGAGCAAAUUAUCAAAGCAAUGAAGACAUAGAAGAACAAAGAUAUGAGGAAACAGGUGAUCAAAGGAAUGUUAAAACAGAUGAUCGAACUGAAACAGAAAAUCAAAAUUAUGAGGAAACAGAAGAACAAAGAUAUGAAGAUAUAGAUCAGCACAGAUAUGAAGAAAUAGAAAGCAAAGGGCAACCUGGAGAAGCAGACGAUGAACGAGCAAGAAGCUAUAAUGAGGGAGAAUAUAAAGGAGAAUAUGAGGGAGGAUAUGAGGGACGAAUUGUCGACCAAGUUGGUGCACGAAAUCUUGACGACGCACAAAGACUAAGUGAUGAACAAGAUGGACCACAAGACAGUGAACGAAAUGAAGUAAGGGGCGAAGAAAUCAAUAGUCAAAUGGGAGGUCAAAGUGGUGGUCGAAUAGCUGAUCAAAAAGAUGGACGGACAGCUGGUCAAAAAGGUGAUGGAACAGCUGAUCAAAAAGGUGGUCGAACAGCUGAUCAAAGUGGUGGUCGAACAGCUGAUCAAAGUGGUGGUCGAACAGCUGAUCAAAAAGGUGUUCGGACUGGAGAUCAAAGUGGUGGUCGAAGACCUGAUCAAAAAGGCGUUCGGAGAGGAGAUCAAAGUGGUGUUCGAACAGCUGAUCAAAAAGAUGGUCGAACAGGUGAACAAAAAGUUGGACGGGCAGCUGAUCAAAAAGAUGGUCGAACAGGUGAUCAAAAAGUUGGACGGGUAGCUGAUCAAAAAGAUGGUCGAACAGGAUAUCAAAGUGGUGGUCGAACAGCUGAUCAAAAAGAUGGUCGAACAGGAGAUGAAAGUGGUGAUCGAACAGCUGAUCAAAAAGAUGGACGGACAGCUGGUCAAAAAGGUGAUGGAACAGCUGAUCAAAAAGGUGGUCGAACAGGAGAUCAAAGUGGUCGUCGAACAGCUGAUCAAAAAGAUGGACGGACAGCUGGUCAAAAAGGUGAUGGAACAGCUGAUCAAAAAGGUGGUCGAACAGGAGAUCAAAGUGGUGGUCGAACAGCUGAUCAAAAAGAUGGUCGAACAGGCGAUCAAAGUGGUGGUCGAACAGCUGAUCAAAAAGAUGGACGGACAGCUGGUCAAAAAGGUGGUCGAACAGCUGGUCAAAAAGGUGGUCGGACAGGAGAUCAAAGUGGUGGACGAACAGCUGAUCAAAAAGGUGGUCGAACAGCUGAUCAAAAAGGUGGUCGGACAGGAGAUCAAAGUGGUGGUCGAACAGCUGAUCAAAGUGGUGGUCGAACAGCUGAUCAAAGUGGUGGUCGAACAGCUGAUCAAAGUGGUGGUCGAACAGCUGAUCAGAGUAAUGGUAAAUCAGAAGCUCAAAGGUAUGAUCAAACGGGAGAUCAAAUGAAUGAUCAAACAGGAGAUCAAAUGAAUGAUCAAACAGGAGAUCAAAUGAAUGAUCAAACAGGAGAUCAAAGGUAUGAUCAAACAGGAGAUCAAAGGUAUGAUCAAACAGGAGAUCAAAUGAAUGAUCAAACAGGAGAUCAAAGAUAUGAUCAAACAGGAGACCAAAGUUAUGAUCAAACAGGAGAUCAAAUGAAUGAUCAAACAGGAGAUCAAAGAUAUGAUCAAACAGGAGACCAAAGUUAUGAUCAAACAGGAGAUCAAAUGAAUGAUCAAACAGGAGAUCAAAGAUAUGAUCAAACAGGAGAUCAAAGGUAUGAUCAAUCAGAAGCUCAAAGGUAUGAUCAAAAAGGAGAUCAAAGGUAUGAUCAAACAGGAGAUCAAAGGUAUGAACAAACAGGAGAUCAAAUGUAUGAUCAAACAGGAGAUCAAAGGUAUGAACAAACAGGAGAUCAAAUGUAUGAUCAAACAGGAGAUCAAAGGUAUGAUCAAACAGGAGAUCAAAGGUAUAGUCAAAUAGGAGACAAGAAUGACGUCCAAGGAAGACGUCCAAGAGAUGGUGAUACCAGAGACCAAAAUUAUGUUCAAACAGGUGAUCAAAGCAAUGGUCAAACAGGUGAUCGAAGCAGUGUUCAAACAGGUGAUCAAAGCAAUGGUCAAACAGGUGAUCGAAGCAGUGUUCAAACAGGUGAUCAAAGCAAUGUUCAAACAGGUGAUCAAAGCAAUGGUCAAACAGGUGAUCGAAGCAGUGUUCAAACAGGUGAUCGAAGCAAUGGUCAAACAGGUGAUCGAAGCAAUGGUCAAACAGGUGAUCGAAGCAAUGGCCGAACAGGUGAUCGAAGCAAUGGUCAAACAGGUGAUCGAAGCAGUGUUCAAACAGGUGAUCAAAGCAAUGGCCGAACAGGUGAUCGAAGCAAUGGUCAAACAGGUGAUCGAAGCAGUGUUCAAACAGGUGAUCAAAGCAAUGGUCAAACAGGUGAUCGAAGCAAUGGUCAAAUAGGUGAUCAAAGCAAUGGUCGAAUAGGAGAUCAAAGCAAUGGUCAAACAGGUGAUCGAAGCAAUGGUCGAACACGUGAUCAAAGCAAUGGUCAAACAGGUGAUCGAAGCAAUGGUCAAGCAGGUGAUCGAAGCAAUGGUCAAACAGGUGAUCGAAGCAAUGGUCAAACAGGUGAUCGUGAUCAAAGCAAUGGUCGAACAGGUGAUCGAAGCAAUGGUCGAACAGGUGAUCGAAGCAAUGGUCGAACAGGUGAUCGAAGCAGCAAUGGUGGUCAAACAGAUCGAAUCGAAUGGAAUGGUCGAACAGGUGAUCAAGAAGGUCGAAGCAAUGGCCGAACAGGUGAUCGAAGCAAUGGUCGAACAGGUGAUCAAAGCAAUGGUCGAACACGUGAUCAAAGCAAUGGUCAAACAGGUGAUCAAAGCAAUGGUCGAACAGGUGAUCAAAGCAAUGGUCGAACAGGUGAUCAAAGCAAUGGUCGAACACGUGAUCAAAGCAAUGGUCGAACAGGUGAUCGAAGCAAUGGUCGAACAGGUGAUCGAAGCAAUGGUCGAACAGGUGAUCGAAGCAAUGGUCGAACAGGUGAUCAAAGCAAUGGUCGAACAGGUGAUCGAAGCAAUGGUCGAACAGGUGAUCAAAGCAAUGGUCGAAUAGGAGAUCAAAGCAAUGGUCGAAUAGGAGAUCAAAGCAAUGGUCAAACAGGUGAUCAAAGCAAUGGCCGAACAGGUGAUCGAAGCAAUGAUCGAACAGGAGAUCGGUACAGUGUUCGAGCAAAGGAUCAGAAUGCUGAUCAUACAGCCACAGUGAGUUAUGAGGAAAGAGAUGAAGACAUAACUGAGAAUAAUUAUGACAAAGCAGGUGGACGAAAUGAUGAACCAACAGGUGGAGGAAAUGAUGGCACAACAGGAGAUGGCCCAACAGGAGGAGGAAAUGAUGGCACAACAGGAGGACGAUACGAUGGCCCAAGAGAUGGACGAAGUGAUGGCUCAACAGGGGGACGAAAUGAUGGUCCAACAGAGGGACGAAAUGAUGUUUUAACAGGAGGACGAAAUGAUGGCCCAACAGGAGGUAGAAAUGAUCGCCCAACAGGAGGACGAAAUGAUGGUCGAGAGGUGGGUCAAAAAGAAGGUCGAACAAGAGAAGGAAAUAAGGUUCGAAUAAGAGAUCAAAGCAAUGUUCGAACAGAGGAAAGAAGCAAUGGUCGAACAGGAGAACAAGGUAAGAGUCGAAUAAGAGACAGAAGCAAUGGUCGAACAGGAGAACAAGGUAAGAGUCGAAUAAGAGACAGAAGCAAUGGUCGAACAGGAGAACAAGGUACGAGUCGAAUAAGAGACAGAAGCAAUGGUCGAACAGGAGAACAAAGUAAUGGUCGAAUAAGAGACGGAAGUACUGGUCGACCAGGAGAUUUAAGCAAUGGCCGAACAAGAGAACAGGGCGAUGGUCGAACAGGAAAACAAAGUGCUUUUCGAACAGCAGAAGGAAAUGAUACUCACCCAAGAGUUAGUCGUGUAGAAAGUCACAGUGAUGAACAACCAGGCAAAAGAGGUUCCAAAAAAAUAGUUGAACGAAGUUUUGAUGACACAAAUGAAUUAUAUUAUGAAGAAACUGGCGGACGAAGAGACGGAAACACAGGUAGACUAAAGGACACCCAAACAGGAGGAAGAAGAGUUGGGCAAAACGAAGGACGACGUAAAGACCGAGGAACUGAACGAAGUGAUGUGAAGAGUAAGGUGGGCGGGGUUAGGCGUGAGGAGGAGGAGGGGAGGAGGAGCAGUGACAUGAGGAGGUGGGGUGCUGCCGACCACGAGGACUUCUUCAGCUUCAGACAACGUUACGCGCGAGGCAGCUCUGAUCUGGGAUCACCACGGAAGCUGACCCGCAGCGUUAGUGACAACAAUUUGGUCUACCAAGAGUCGAGGCUGGAUAAGAAGAAGUGGCACCAUGGAGUCAUCCAACGCUCAUCUAGCGCUGACCGCCUCCUCUAUGCUCCUCACCGAUGGUACUACGCCCGGGUGGCCAGACCCCCUUCAGGAGAGGAGGACCUGGAAGCUGCUGGGGAGGACGACGAGGACAGUGAGGCGAGACAGAGAGCGUUGGCGGCAGAACGAGAGGCCAGACUAACAGGGUCGUCGGACUCCCCACUCAAACCCAACAUCGAGAUCUUGUCCCUGGACGGCGUCAUCGGUGGCUUGGAGCUCCGCGAUGAGGAUGGCAACGUCCUGACCUCCAAGCCUGACCAGAUGGAACUCACCUACGAGAUCCAGGUAGAUGAGAGGAGGGUGCCCAAGGUCGGGAGAGACGGUGAGAACGGCAGAGGGGCGUGGGAGUCCGACGGAGAGGAUGACGGAGACCUAGACGGUAGAAGCAGCAAAAGGGUCUCUAGACACAACAUGUCGAGAAAUGGACAGACGACACAAGAGAAGUUAUCGUCGAGGCUGGGUGAAGUGCUGCAGGAGAAGGCUGAGGCUGAUGAUCUACGUCAGAAGCUCUUCAAUAAAGCCAGGGACCUUCAUGAACAGAUCGUUAAAGUCAGAGAAAAGCGACGGCAGGAGUGGUGGACGGCGUGGUCAGAGGCUAGACGGACUGGGACGCAGCUAGAGGAUAGGCAGGCAGGGCUGAGGAAUGAACUGGACACAUUACAUCGUCGUAUCAUCGGCUCCAUCAUCAAGAGAGAACCACUUAUUACUGGUGUCCGAGACGAGCCAUCCAGGAGGGCCAACUACAAGAUCUCCGUCAUCCGUCUGAGACACGAGAUUGAGGAUUUACGGAGAAGAGUGGAAGCCAUGGAGAUCAAAGUGGAAGCCGAGAUGAAGCUAAGGACUCAGGCGGAGCGAGAGGUCAAAACGCUGAGGUCAGAGGUUAGUAGGAAGAAGGCUAACGUGGCCCUCACACAACGCGCCACUACGCUACGCAGCUUAUCCGGUUUUCUCCCGGACCUACUCGUGCGCAUAUAGACCCAAUGUUUAACACCGACAGCUCCGGACCCUCACUAAGCGCAUGUAGCCUUUCGACCAGCGCAACACUGAUCGCCGCCAGACUCCACUGGCAUCCGUACACAGCUGUCCGAGUGUAAAAGAAUUUCAUGACUAAUCUCGCUUGUUGUGAUAGCCUGAUAGUGCGUGGUUUAUCGGUGGUUCCAGUCUGAACAAUGGUGAUCAUACGUUGUCCGUUGUAGCUCAGGCGCUACUUGGAUACCAUACAGUUCUAGUGGUCAGUGUUUACUGAGAUGACAGCUGAACAUGUCGUGAUCUAUUAACAGUCCCCUCUCCUGCGUGCCCAGGAACCUUCAAGUCAUUGAUCAAUAACUUGCAAGGUUUUGUUUAAGAAGCUGUUGUUAGUCACAUCGGCUCCGCGUAACGGGAGCUGAUGUGAGUAUGCGACUGAUGGCUUUAUAUGUACAGUAUGUGUUCACCCAGUUGUCUAUAAAUACCCUUCGUUACACAUCAACACACCUUAAAAGAAACUAAGUGUGAACUGAAGGCUCAGAGAUUGAAAAGUGACGCCUCACUUUGUGACGCUUCCAGUUUGGAAGAAAAGGAGCCAACUGGAAAUAUAAAAUUCACCUAAAAACUCACAUCAAGUGAUUCGUGGAUUAAUUUGCCAUUGACCUUCAUCUGUGCGUUUGGAAAACUGCCCUAUGGUGUGUUUUACUCACCGUCAUAAUUAUAUACUGUACAGUAAAAGGGCUUUAGUUUUUUCUCGCGUACUUGUAUCACAGAUACCUUGGGAAAACUCCGGUGUAGAAAUUGCUUUGAGAGAUGUACAGUAAGGGAUAAGAUAUAUUUAUAUAUUUUUGACAUGUAUAAAGAAUACUAUGUAUUACUUAAUGUGGGAAAUCUUGACGUAGCUAUUUGUGACUGCUCAGCCACCUGGUGACAUGUGGCGGCACUACUAACACGUGCAGCAGAUGCCAAUCUUGGUAUUAUAAAUAUUUUUUUGUGUGACUUAUUGCCCAUAACAUUGUUUUGAAUAAAAUGUACAU